CUGAGUGGGAAUUGGCCACUCCCUGUGGGGUCUUAGCCACUCACUGGACCCAGAGGCAGUUUCUGAAGAACUUCCCUGUAGGGGUGGAACUGUGCAGAGCAUUUGGCUUGUGUAUGGAAAGAUCCUUGGCAUGAUCCCAAACUCAGAAGCCUGGUUUCUACAAGUUCUGUUCAUAGCAUUUAACAUUAAGGUGUAAGAUCCAUUUGGAGUUAUUUUGUGGAGGUUGCGGAAGGCAUCUCAUGUGCUGGGUAGCAAUCCAAUAUCAAGCUGUAAUGUAAGAGUAGAAUUAAUGAUGUAAAGGAUUUGCUAAAGGUUAGGAGAUAGCAAGGCACACCAAGUAGAAUUUAGCUGAGAGAGGACUGCCUGCAAACACCUCACGUGUAAGUAGUAACCUAACCAUGCCUGUUAGAGAUUAGGAUGCUAGGAUACACAAGAUUGUUCACCAGGAUUGUCCAGAAAUAUGGCACCAGACCCUGAUUUGCAACCAGCCACUAGGCCCCUCUACAUAUCAAAGAGCAGGCCUCUAACAAGCCGAUCAGUGGGGCAUUACAGGAUCACAAUCAACAGUAAGGCCUGGUGUGCCAUAAAGGUUUAGUUUUCUUCUUAAGAAAAGCAUAAUUCUGCCACAUGGGCAAGAUGACACCCGGUGACAACCAUUAGAAAAGGUAAAACAAGGGGUUGGGGAUUUAGCUCAGUGGUAGAGCGCUUGCCUAGCAAGGGCAAGGCCCUGGGUUCGGUCCCCAGCUCCGAAAAAAAAAAAGAAAAAAAAAAAGGUAAAACAACAAAACACUGUUUUAUUGAAUGCUGGCCUGAACAAGCUAAGCUUUCCCUCCUUUUCCUGAGAUCCCCAUGUUGGAGCUCCUUCUGAGACUCAGGGACAUGCUUGCCAGAGCCAGUAACCAUCUAGGGCCUAGUUAUUGGGAGCUUUCCCUGGGCCCCUGGGUAUAGAGAUCAAACAGUUUCCCUAAAACCAGGAAUAUGCUUGGUGCCAGGGCAUUUGGGAGAGGCUGCUUAAGAUUCUGAGAAAACAACUCUUGCCUCUUGUGGUUUGCCCUGAAGUUUUCUGUAUUUUGUUGCUAAUUCCCCUGCCCCAAGGACAGCUGCCUAGUCACCUACUCAGAACUCAGGUGACCUCACCAGAUCCACCUCCCCAUUGAAUAUGUAAAGUAUAGGUGAGGGGCAGGUACAGGACAGAAGGAGGCCUAUCAAUGGAGGAGAAGGAAGGAUGGGCUGGAGAGAAGUUUGAAAGAGGAGGAGGAGACUAGGACAGAAAGGAAGAGUCAGGAGAGAGGAGAGGGGGAAAAGCCAUGGCAGGUGAUGUUAAGAAUCUGCUCUGUGUAUUUACAGGUUGUUAUCAAUGUUCCUAAGGGAUGGUUGGUACCGGGCUGUGUAUGUUUAAGACGGCAAUUAUAUCUUACCAAUUGGAUCUAACAUUAUUGUGUUGUGUGUUCUUUAUGUGGGGGUUUGAGUGUAGGAAAGUGUGCGGCUGGGAUGUGUUUCUGCCAUGAUACAUAGCAGAUAUCUUGGGGCACUUCUGUGCCGGAACUAGUGGGAUAAAAGACCAACAAUACCCUCUUUAUUUUUACAUUUUUGCAACAUCCCUUCCCACCUUAUGGGGCUAUGGUUCCCAAGGCCACUACAGGCUUGGUAAGGAAUAUUUUUGAAAUACACUGAGUUCCUUGUGCAGCACUGUUUGAUUAGACUUUUCCUGAGUGUGUCCCAUUAUAUGAUGUUUCUGCUAAGUUCAUAGUUUAAUCUUUCUGCUGACUUCAUAGAUGUCUCCUGUUUCUUUCCAUUUCCCAUUUCUAAACCAUAUACAAGGUGCUAUUCUUCUUAAGCUUAUUUAGCUUAAGACCACUCCACCCCCACCCCAGUUUUUAUACUUUCUAGCUUCUCCUUUUCCUAUGUUUUUCUUCUUCUGAGACCUUCCACUUAGGACACUGUCGCUAACCUACUGUUUUAGGGCACUGGUGUACUUAAGAAACAUCCUGGAAAUGUUUGCUGUGUAAAUGGCCUAUUUAAGUGGCCAGACUUGUAGCCUCCAGUUUAUAUUUAAAUUGUUCAAAACUUAACCUGAAAAAAAAAAAUGGGCUGGGGAGAUGGCUCAGCAGUUAAGAGCACUGACUGCUCUUCCAGAGAUCCUAUUCCCAGCAACCACAUGGUGGCUCACAACCAUCUGUAAUGGGAUGCUCUCUUCUGAAGUGUCUGAAGAAAAUCACAGUGUACUAACAUAUAAAUAAAAUAAAUAAAUCUUAAGAAAAAAAAAACUUAACUUGGAACCUGAAGCUAUAAGAAACUUAAGGGUGACAGCAUACAUGGAAUGUAAAAUCUACCUAGGCUAGAUUCUCUUUUAGCAUUUUAGACCCAGCUAACUGGAUCCGUGCUGGUCUUUGCUACUUUGUGGUUUCUUUUUCCCCACUUUUAAUCCCCCUCCUCAGCCCCCCUCCCCCCACCCUCGUUUCACCCCCUAACACCAGAUAAGAGAGAAACAAGCAUGGAGGAGAAAAAGAUCCUUGAAUCUAGUUCCUUGUACUCGACCCACCAGCAUGAGUCGAACAGUCUCUGCUGGGGGCAGUGAAGAUGCAAAGCCAAGAGUUAGAUUUGGGGGGACUGCUGGUUAAUACAACUGCCUGGAGUUUGUUUUUCAUAAUUUUCCUGCCCCACAGUGCCAUAGAAAGCAAAGCCACAAGUUAACAAACAAUUCUCCAAAAUAUGCACAGAAUAUUGGUUCUUAUCCAGAGGCAGCUCCCUGUUCCUUCCACCAAGGUUGAUAGAACUUUCAGCCCCUCCAAUCAUCCCAUGCCUCAGCAGGCUGAUAAAUUUGCCUACAGCCCCUGACCCACUUUGACUGCCUGGGUACAUACAAAGAAUAGGGUCAGUUGUAAGGCGCAAACAAAAUAGCCAAGUGUGGGGAGCCGACUUCCCUGAGACCCCAACAUUGAGCUAAUUAGGACAGACAAAGAACAUAUGAAAGCUCACCUAAAGGACAAGCUCAGUGGAAAAUCCUAAGGUUCUAGCUAAGGUGCGGAUACCAAUCUGGGGGUCAGCAUUGCUCAGUAACAAGGCUUGCCAGGAGCGCUGACACAAAUCUGGUGGUCCAGCAGGUUUGCCAAGUGUAGGCUCCUGACCUUUUGUUGGGAGCUAGCUCCAUACAGACCUUUGCAAAAGAACCAGCUUCCUGUAGACCCCUACAGACCCAGGGCUGUGACAUUUUGCUGAGAGCCAAUUUCCUCCAGACCCACAGAUUGUGACCUUCUGCUAGGGCCCAACUUCCUACAGACCUAGGCCAGCAUCCCACAGGAGUGAGCCAACUACCCUGUUGCAGGAUGGGACAGCCAAGGAAGAAAAAUGUGUAAACAACGUUCCCGAGGUCACUGUAUUGGGUUUAUCAAGAUGACCAAGAUACCAGGAACACAUUAUUCUGUCCCAUCCAACGGGACAGUCAACGAGGGUCCAGCGGGUACCGAGAAGAGAAUGGGGGACAAGAGACUUGAAGAAGGAUGCUAAUACAAGCGUCUGAUCAAGGUGACAAUUUUAUUCUUGCUCUGGUCAUAUACUAUAGCAAGACUGGGGGAGGAGGAAAUCUUCAUGGGGCUGGGAGACCUGGAUGUAUUAGCCUAAGAAGAAGUUGGCUCACACCUGUGGGAUGUUGUCCUAGGUCUGUAGGAAGAUGAAUCCCCCACAAAGGUCAGGAGCCUCCAUUUGGCAAGGCAGUGCUUAAGCAACACUUACCACCAGAUUUGUAUCAACCCUUCUGUAAGCUUAGCCAGAACACUGUUUUUUUUUUCCACUGAGCUUGUCCAUUAGAUGAAGUUUCAUAUGUCCUUUGUCUGUCCUAAUUUGCUAAAUGUUGGGGUCUCAGGGAAGUCAGCUCCCCACAUUUUUCAACUGUAUUUUUUUUGAACAUAUUUUCUUGUCCUAGCCCAGUGGCAAAUAUACUUGUCAUUUUCCUAGAAGUGGUACUGAGAGCUCUCCACACCUGGGAGAGUAGAAGUUUCUAAUAAAAUACAAAUUUACCAUACUAGGGCUCUGUCUGCCCCUAGGGUGCGGUGGAAGGGCAGAGCUGGGAAGGCUUGUGAUGCCUCAUGCAAUCUCUAAUCCUCCAAUAGAGGGGCUGCUACCAUUCUCUGGGGAGCCUAGCAAUCAGGAGGAGCACCAGUGGGAGGUAGCUUGCAGGUUCUUUCCAUAUUCUCUGAUGUAGUUCAUCAGAGAGCUGUGAGGGAGAUGUGGUAGCCACCAGGAAUAACAGGUUGGCUCAGCUAUCAGAGUCCAAUCUCACUGGACUGAUGUGGACUGUGAACCAGACUGUGGUGCUGUUGGUACAUGUGCUGUCCUGGGAAGAGGACCUUGUCCUCUGAGCCUCUCUGAGUGUGGGUUCCCUGGGGAGGGGGCUCUGCAUCUGGGUACAAGGUUUGUUGAUUACACUAUCACUGCCCAGUGUGCAGACAAGCAUUGCUCUUGGUGUGCAGAAGACAGAUAUCAAAACUGAAAAUCCAGUUUCUAGAAGUUCUGAAGAUUGUAUUGCAAAUUUAUUUUGUGUGAUAAAUUUUACAAAUAGUUUUGAAACUGGGAGGGAUGAGGUUAUGAGAAUCAUCCUUUGGCAACACUUGGUUAAAAUCCUUUUACCUUUCCACUAUCAGCAGUCACAGUGAAUGGAGUGAUUCAGGGAAAUUCAGUUCCAGAGUCCAAAAGGAGUUUCUGAGAUGCAGAGGUUUCUCAGGUGUGCAGGGUGGGGUGUAGGUGGGUAGGGCAGAUUCUACAUCAUUACUAAAAUCCACAUGGCAUCAUGUGGAAGAAGACAUUAAGUUAUUCAUCAACCUUCGUUUGUGUGUGGGUUCAGGGGGGCUGGGUUUGUGUGAGAUCACACGGGGGGGGCAUUGGGAGCCGCAGAGCCAUAACCCUCCUUUCUUACCACCUCCACACAGAGAGCUCUAGAGUGUGGGUGUCAGUAGUAGCUGAAGGGUCAGAAAUAUAGCAGUUUAGGGGUCAGUUAGAGUCAUUUUUGUGGGAGUUGGGAAGUCUGUGUUUUUUCCAUUUGAAUACACAUGCAAUCAUAGGUAAUAUUGGUCAAGUUCACAUUUUUCCUGGCUGAGUUUCCUCAGGUCUUUUGAUUAAAACUUGACUAUAAUUUGGGGUUUAUGUUCUUGCCUUUUUUUCUCUACAUCUCAUUUUUUCACAAAUGUGCUAAAACUUUUGAUCGUUGUAGCUCUUUGAUAAGUACAGAUGGAAUCUAUACUGUGCCAAAAUGUGUACUGUUUCUUCAUAAUCCUGUUGAUGAUUCUGAGGUUUUUUUCACAUGGCAAAUAGCUUUGAAAUCAGCUGUCCUGUUAUAUAUUAUUAGACGUUUUCUUUAAAUUUUGAAUUUUGCUGCAAAUUGGACAUACCCAACAUUCCUUUUUUAACGUCACUAUAAUGGUGUUGUUUACACUUAUGUAACUUGGUAAAAGAUAUUCUACAUAAUAAUUCAUUUAGCAAGCUAUAUAGUAUGUGUGCGGAACUGAAACUGAUGUGAAAUAAUGUCCAAAGCCAUAGAAAGAGGACUUUAGUGUAGACUUUAGUGACACAGAAUUCAUCCUUAUUGUCACGUAUACAAGAUCUUUAUAAGUAUGACUUAAUUGAGAAAGAAAAAAGAGUGAAAAUAAAGCAUGGUCCAGAAUUGAACAAUGAAUCUGGAUGUGACACAGGGUUGUGUCUUAGCAGUAAACUCUGAUAGCAGUAGGUUGGGAUUUUCCAUAGAUACCUACUAAAACUAGUUAAGACUGUGUUUCUAUAGUUGAUAUAAAAUUGUGCAUGUUUAACAUAUGUAUUCUGAUACAUGUGUACAUAAUACCUACACCCAAGCAAUCCCCAUCCUAUGGAGUGUUGUAUUGGAAUUGAGGCUCGUGCCCAGACAGACCACACCUGGCCAGUACGGUUCCACGGGAGCGACUUUCAUUGGUGGUGGGGAUGGGGGAUGCACAAAGGAGGAAAAGAGAAAGAAGGGGCGAAGGUCAGGAGGGGUUGGCUUUUUAUUUGGGUAGGGACAUAACUUCUUGCAAACAAGGGUGGGAGAUGGACUAGGAGGACACUGGAAAUAUAUGACAACAGAUGCACAGGUCCCUUUCACCUCUGGGUGACGUCACUGCUAUCGCUGGGUUUGGAGACAACCUGCAACCAUAAAGCCAGUUCCUCAUACCAACACUAAGUUCUCAUAAAAAUGACAGAAUUGCCAUGGAUCCCAGCAGUCUUCUCAGUAUAGUUUCCAUGCACUUGAAAUUAGUUUUAAAAUGUACCAGAAUGAUCAUGUUUCUUGCAGUUGUAUUCAUACUUGCCUAAAUAUGAAAAUAACAUCAAUGCUCAUUUGUUGAGGACCAGCUAAGUGCCUCUAGGCAACCUAGGGUGCCUUGGGUUAAAGGAGUGGAUAAAGGAUUAUGCACUUGUAAAGACUCUCACAGUCAGUGGUUUAUUGGUCAUAAAACAGCAUGUAAUUAUAGCUUAAGCAUUAUCAACCCAUUUCUUUCUCCCAUAUAAUUUUAACCUUUAAUGCACUCUUAUUAUCAGAUGGAUAUGGGAGCUUGAACCAUGUUGUCAACAUUGUAGGUAGCACUCGCAAAUGAAGGGUGACCAAGUCAACUCAGUCAGUCAACAGGGUCUCAAGGGAGGGAGUGAGGAUUGGAAGGAAAUAGAAAAUUAGACAAUAUAUAGCAUGAUUCUAGCCAGUGCUGAGGCUGAAGCGGGUUUAUUUUUCCUAGUCUGCUUUUCUACCAUUUUUAAUACAAGCAAAUAAUAAGGUCAAUUCUAGGUCAAGGAACAAACAAGGCACAAAGUCCUGUGAUCAUUGUUUCUAGGGGCUCAUCAGUUUGAUAAGAGAAAAGUAAUGUUACUAGCCCAAAUGAAAAUAUUCUUACCUGAACCUAUUUCCUAAGUCCUAGUCCAUGGUCAAAUUCCCGCCAAAUUCGUAUAGAAGGGCAGAAAGCUGAGAAUCCAGCUGAAACAAUCUCCUUCAAAGGUUUUUUUUUUCCUAAUGUUUAUUUAGAACAUUAUGGGGAGAAGAGAAAUGAAAUAUCAAGUUUUCUGUAGCAAGAGUUGUUAUAGAUGAGAAGCAAAUGUGCUAUUGUAGUAUGCUAUAAAAAUGCAGGAAGUGGCUUUAUUUGGAUGGCAUGAGAGCCCUCUGCCAAUGAGUCAUACUGCAUGAAGAAGUAAAAACGAGGUUAAGAAACAGAUUGAAGGGGUUGGGGAUUUAGCUCAGUGGUAGAGUGCUUGCCUAGCAAGCGCAAGGCUCUGGGCUCGGUCCCCAGCUCUGAAAAAAUGAAAAGAAAAAAAGAACCACAUUGAUUGUUUUGUUUGAAUUUAAAUACUAACGAUAAAUUAGAGUUGAACAAACAUGUAAAAGUCUUAGAUAACUGACUCGGCUCCUUUGUUUUCUCUGCCUUAUGUAACUUAGAUGGUAACACUUUCAUUUUUGCUUUGGAGAAAGCGUUUAAACAUUUAAUAUUUUUAUACAUUGGUUUAUUUAGGCUUAAUGCAUAAUAUAGUUCAUGUAGCGAUUUUGUGCAACAUCUCAUUUAUUUCUGUUUGAAUAGUUAUUGAAACAUUAGUUUUUCUUAAGAACAAUUAUGAGUAUUCUUUUGGAAUGAAAUGAAAAGCAUUGUAAUUCCACACUCCAAACUAGUGAAAGCUAACACAAGAAAGUGAAUGCUUUUGUUUCCUGCGUGAUAUAUAUUUCACAUUGCUGAGAACAAAAAUUCUGAUUUCACAGAUAUAGACUGGCCCCAAGAUGAGCUUGUCAUGAACUCCUGUGUUGCAGAGUAUUUGAUCGCAUUGUGAACCCAGAGACUGUCCAAUUUGCUGGAGGCAGGGUUGGCAGGGGGGAACUGUUUCUAACUGGUAUGGCUCAGCCCUUAGUACACAGCUUUGCUCUCAAACGAUGAAGGUAAACAUCGUUUUUGAAGGAAGCGCUCAUGUUCGUAAGUAAUGUAUAAUUGAGUGGGUGAAAAAAUGAUGAAUCAGUGAAAGAUCUGACAGAAUAGGAUAUGCCCAACUCUAAAGAGAAGAGGGAAAAGAGGCAAUAUAAGAGGAAGCAGCACAGAGGGUAAGAGGAGGAGGCAGUUUUACCUGGAGAAUUUUACAGAGACAGGCAGGCUAAAGACAGAAAAAGAGAAAAUGAGUGAGAGAAUGAGAAGAGAGCAGUUUACUAGAGUUCCUUUGAGGCCAAGCACAGCAAUUCAGUCAGAAGUGAAAGAAGCAAUUUGAAUUGGUUAGAGUGAAGAGUAAGAGCUAGAAGAGCAGAGUUGACCAGCCAGAGUUCAAAAAGAAGAAGAAAGGGUGAUUAUUUAACAGUUAAGUCUCUGAUGCCCAAAACACUCAAGUGUCCAACUCUACUGAGCCCCCUCAGUGUUUGCCCCCUGCUGAGCCUUGCUGAUGCAUGUGGAAGCUUUAGUUCCUAACAAAGGAACAUCUUGAUCUUUCUGUUUGGCACCUGGGCAGUAACACACAGUUCCUGAUUUUUGUUCCUGUUUUUGUCCUGUGGACAUAACCUAUUUUUCCACUGUGAUUUCUGGAGUUCUCCACCCAGUGAACUUGGGGUGUAUAUUCUGUGAACCUCAGUAAAGCUUUGGCAUUUUCUUAGCAAAAAUGACACUAGUCUCUGUCUUUUGUUGAAUCCCCCAGGCCAUUCUAGACCUAGAUAAGAUUGUACAGAAGCUAUAAGCUUCCUAGGCCUAGAUUAUCAGAAGGAGGAAGUAAGCCUUCUAGGUAUUUUUACAUUCCUAUGUGAUAGUCACUGCCUACAAAAAUAGAGCAAGUACUGUAUGUAUCACAAUCUUGCUGUCCCUAUCUUUAUGAUUUUGCUUUUCUUUGUUCACUAUAGCUUCCCUUCUUUGCCUUUCAUUUAAACAAUAUUGAAUUAAGUUUUUAUAUGAGGGUAGAUUCUCAUAUAAUAUAUCCUGACCACUGUUUCCCUAACCUGCACUCCCAACUACCCCUCACUUCUAUCCUUUCCCCAAGGUUCACCCCCCCACCCAUGUCCUCUUCAAAAAGUAGCAGACCUAACAGACAAAACAAGAUGGAAAAAGACAAGGUGAAAGCCUUCAUGUUGGACAAGGCAACCUGAUAGGAAAAAUCUCAAGAUCAAGCCAACGAAUCAGAGUUAAACCUGCUUCCACAGUUCGGAGUCCCUCAAAGACACCAAGCUAACAGCCAUAACAUAUCAGCAGAGGACCUGGCAUAGACCCAUGCUGUCUCUAUGCUUGCCAUUUAAGUUUCUGUAAGAUUCCUAGAAAUCCAGUCAGUGUUAGUCAUGGGUUCCCUCUCAUGUCAAGGGCCUCAAGUUAAACCAAACAUUGGUUGGCCACUCAAACCAAUUUGUUACCAUCAUGCCCCAGCACAUCUUAGGAAGGACCAAUAGUAGGUAUGUGUGGGUUUUGGGGGCGGAGAGUGUUUCCAGGUUUCUCUACAGGUUUUAGCUUAUAGAGUACCUUCUCUCCUCAAAGAGACUAGAACACAGGGGUGAAGGCUCCGAGCCUGUACUCGGUUGACCUCUCCAUUCAGUGAACUGUGUGGAAUUUGUCCUUAAUGAUCAGGCCCUGCUCUCAGUUAUCUGAGAGCAAAGUUUGUCCUAGCAUCAGCAUGGAUUGUUGAAGGAUCUCAAGGGACCUCCUUGGCCAACAGCUCAACCGAAUGUACCUUAUUACCAAUAUCCAAGCCCUGCCUGGUGUCAAAGGAUGGUCAGUUCAGACUCCAUAUCCUCAAUUACUAGGAGUUUUCAUUAGGGUCACCCUGGUCAUCCAGGAAGUUGUCAUUGUACUGGAUUUCUACACUAACUCCCAAAUAACCCCUAAUUCCAGCUGUUUCUUCCUGCAUUUUACUUUCCCCUGCAUCCCCCUCAACUGAUCCUCCCUACUCCUGUUCCCAUCAAACUCUGGUCUACUCACAGAAAUUAUUCUAUUUCCCCUGUAGAAAGAGAUCUGUGCUUCCUCCCUAGAGUCCAACUCUUUAACUAACCCCUCUGGGUUUGAUUACUAUUUACCUAAUAGGCAAUAUUCACUUCUAAGUAAAUGCAUGUCAUGUUUGUCAUUCUGGGUGUGAUUUCUUUAGUUGCAUUUACUUCCCUGUAAAUUCAUGAUGGCAUCUUUAUAAACAGCUGAGUGAUAAAUGUACCACAUUUUUGGUGUACCCCAUAGGGCUCAAAGUGAGUCUUAACUACCAGGAGAUCCCCCAAGUGAGGCAUGAGAAUGGAGUUUAAUGCAAAGGCAAGAGUUUAUUUUCAGGUGUGUUGGGGUCAACCUUCAAUCAGCCCCUCGUAGUGAGGGACUGGAAGGUGACCCCAAUGGCUGUGACAAGCAGUUUUUAUACUUUCAGAGGUACAGGUUACAUUAGCAGGUUUACAGUUCAAACUUAUAUGGCAUGCCUUUGAGCUCUUAUCUGGGACCUGCGAGUCAGGCUACUAUCAGUACAUUCUGCAGGAUUUUCAAGAAUGUCCCUGCUCCUCCCAAGGACUCUGGGUGGAGAAUGGAACUUGUCCUAGCCUUGGCCCGAGGCGUGAAGCUGGGUCGUGCCCUAAUCUUCACCAGAGGCAGUUGAUGUAAAGCUGGCAAAAGCCCUUAGGGUCCCCAUAACCUACCUACUUUCCACCAGGCCAAGCCUCCUGACAGCUCUUAGGCUUCAGUAAGAACUAGGGUCCUUCAACCCAUUCUUCAGUUGAGAUACUUUUAGGUUGUUUCUAGGUUCGGCAAGUAUGAAUAAACAAGUAUGAAUGAACAUAGUUGAGCAAAUGGCCUUGUGGUAGGGUGGAGCACCUUUUAGAUAGAUGCCAAGAGCUUUAUAGCUGUGAUUUGAGAUAGAUGGAUUCUCAGGGUUCUGAGGCACCAGGACUCUGAGGAAAUGCUGAUUUCCAUAGUGGCAGUAUUGGUUUGCACCCUACAAGCAUGGAGAGUUGUUACCCAUUCUCCACACCCUUACCAGCAUGACUUGUCACUUGUAUUGAUCUUAGCCCUUAUGACAUGUGCAAGAUAGAUUCUCAAAGUAGUUUUGCUUUGCAUUUCCUUCAUGGCUGAGAUGAUAAUGAUUUCUUUAAGUAUUUCUCAGCUUUUUGAGAUUCCUCUUUUGAGAAUUCUCUCUAUAGAUUUAUACUCCCCCCCUUUUUUUUAAAGAUUUAUUUAUUUAAUGUGAGUGAGUACACUGUAGCUGUCUUCAGACAAGCCAAAAGAGGGCAUCAGAUCCCAUUACAGAUGGUUGUGAGCCACCAUGUGGUUGCUGGGAAUUGAACUCAGGACCUCUGGAAGAGAAGUCAAUCCUCUUAACAGCUGAGCCAUCUCUCCAGCCCCUUUACCCCAUUUUGUAAUUGAAUUUUUUACUUUGAAAGUUUAAUUUCUUGAGGUAUUUAUGUAUUUUAUAUAUUAGGCUUCUAUAACAUAUGGAUUUCUUUAAAAAAAUAUUUUCCCAUUCCUUAGGCUGCCACUAUGCCCAAUUCCCUGGGAUUUUGCCACAGCUAAUCCCAUUUAUUUAUUUAUUUAUUUAUUUAUUUAUUUAUUUAUUUAUUUAUUUAUUUAUUUAUUUAUUUAUUGGCAAAGAUGAGAAACCGAAUAGACAGGAUGAGUAUUGUCCUGUAAUUUCAUAAAUUUGUUAUUACACUCUUGUAGUUCAUGUUUAAAACACUUUCUGUCACCUUUAUCUUCUGAAAAUUUACUAUGUUAUGAAUUUCUUGAAGUUUUGAUAGUUCGGGAAAAAGUUUUAGUGUCCUCUUCUAAAGGCUUGCCUCUCCUCAUUUCUUGAGAAAUCUGUGUUUUCCAGUUUUUGUAAUCAUUAAUUUUGAUUGUGUGUGUGUGUGUGUGUGUGUGUGUGUGUGUGUGUGUGUGUGUGUGUGUGGUUUGUUUGUUGUUUUUUUGCUACUUAAACGAUAUUGUUAACACAUUUGAUUUGGGUUUUUUAAACUUUCUGAUAUAUUAUUACCUUUUUGUCCUAGUUAGUUUCAGUUGUGAACAUUUUAGAGCCUACAAUCAUCUGAGGGUCUCUCUUGAGGGCAUGCCCUCAUCAAAAUGUCUGGAUGCUGUGUCAGUGAGAGAUUGUGUUGUGAUGAUUGAUGUAGGAAGGCUCUACACUGAGUGUGGCAGGAUCCCUGAGCAAGUGGGCCUGCGCUGGGUAAGAGAGCUGGGUAAGAAUGAGACAGUGACCAAGCAGAAAAGAAUAAUUGUUCAUGGUUUUUGCCUUUUCUUGAAGCUUGAGUUUCUAUCCUAAGCUCCAGAAUUUAUGGCUGUCUUGUGAUUGGUCCAAACACGUGAACCUGUUUAUUUCCUGACAUGCUUUUGGUUAGAGAAUUGAAUCAAAGUAGGAAAGUAGCAAGUUAGAACAAAAAAGAAAAAAAAAAGGUUAUUUUGUGGCUGGAAAGAAACUAGAGAAACUAGAAAUGUUCUCCUUUGGAGGAAAGUGGUAAAUAUCAGGGCUUGAGAUGGCAAAAAACAUAGAAAGGUGUAUUCAGAGCUUAAUUAGCUGUUGUUGUAGCACCUGGACGACUGGAGUCAUGCAAGUAAUGCACUCAGAAGUUGAGGUCAUAGGAUUUCAGUGGAAAAUAGACUCCAUGAAAAAUUUAGCUGGAGGUCAUUUAUGUGGUAUUUUGACCCCAAGUCUUUCUUAUUCCACCCAUGCUCUGAGAAAUUGAGCAAGGCAGAAUUAAAAAACAAUUAGCUAUAUUUCUUAGGUGGAUUUUUGAAUCUGUUAGGUGAUUAUUACUAGUAACUCAUUCUGGACUACAAGAAAAAAACAAGUUAAGCAGAUAUAAAUGCAAAGUCUGUGGUUUGUAGAGAAAAGCAGACCUAGGAAAUUACACAUGGCAGCCAAAUGCUGAGACAGAGGCAUGAAUUUUCAGAGAGAUUAUCACCAUUAAAGAGAAGGAAUUUGCUCAGGAUUGGAAGCCUAGGAAGGUGAAUUAAGGGAAACAGUCCCUCCUGCUAAGCCUUCAGUUAAUGGAAGGGGGAGUUGGCAAAGUCAUUCCUAGACCCAGGAAGGAACUUCAUAUAUAACCUGCUACUACUGGUCCAAGCGUGGCACCCAAGUUCUGGAAAUAAGAAAGAUGGAAAAUGUAAGGUUAUGGCUUCUUCCCCCGGGGUUUCAGUUCAGCACUGUUCCAGCCAUCUAUGUUUGGCAGAGUGAGAUCCCCAGUGAGAGAGGACACUGUGAGAGUGCAUGGGAUGAAUCUGAGGAUGAAGCCUGAGUUGCAUUUGAGACCACAAGAUAUAGAGAUACCCAAGUUAUGAGACACCUCUCAUGGAGAGCUGCAUAUAGCAAGUGGAGGUAACAAAGCCAAGAGAUGUAUGAGAAGUUGCAGGGAUAUGGCCAUCUAAGCCUUUUGAAUCUGAAGCUCCUUGUGUCUGAGACAGAGCUGCAGGAUUUGGUGUUUGUCCUGCUGGGUUUCUUGCUUUGGUCCAAUCUUCCCUCACUAUGUACACAUUCCUCUCCACUGGAAUGGGAAGGGGUAUUCUGUGCCUUUGUAUGUUGGAAAGAUAUAACUUGCUUAAUGAUUUUACAAGAUGUGACAAUCAAGAGUGUCAGAAGUGAUUUGGGGCAUUUGAAGAGUGUAUGGGCUGCUGCAGGCUAUUAGGGUCAUUGGAAGCUCCUGACUAGCUGCCUGUGGGGGAUGGUUUUCCUAGAAUUGACUUGUUUGGACUUUUCCAGUUCUGGGAAACAGAAACUUAGACCUAGCUUCCCAGUCUGUCAGUUUACAACCUGUCAUGGAGGAGUCAGCCUUGCUCUGGCCAACUCAGUUCUCUCAAUAGAAGCUGUUGUAGGAGGAACCUAUCUAGAUGAUUAGUUAUUGGGGAUGACAUUUGGGUGUCUAUAGACUCAACCCAUUCCCUGUGUGGGGUGUGUGUGUGUGUGUGUGUGUGUGUGUGUGUGUGUGUGUGUGUGUGUGUGUGUAUUGUGUAGUGGUUGUACCUGAUUGGUCAGCUUCCUUCUUAUGUUGUCUUGCCUUCAGCAUUGUAGACUCUAAACCUAAAUCACAUAAGAUUCACUUGAAGAAAUUGCUAUUCAGUGCUAAGGUAUUUUGCAAGCCUGGUGUUUUCUAUAAUUUUAAUUUUGUUUUUGUUUUUGAGGACAAACUUUCUCAAUGUAGCCUGGCUGUCCUGAAAGUAGCUGUUUAGAAUGUGGGGCCUCAGAUGUAAAUGGUCCACCUGCCUCUGGCUCCAGAGUGCCAGGAUUAAAUGUGGGCCAACAUGCCCCGCUUUCUCUUUGUUUGUUUGUUUGUUUGUUUGUUUGUUCAUUUUUAUGUUAUUGGCUGAUGGUUGGACUGUGGGUUUUGGCACAUGUCAAGCAUAUGCUGCUGUGUUGAUCUUCAUCCAUGUUAUGAAUUUUGAAAUUUGACAGAGAGCAUUUUCUGUUUCUCAGGAUGGCAUGUAUUCAUGACAUUCAUACAUAUCAUUCAUGACAUUCAUAUGCACAUCAUGUAUGCCUAAUCCCCAUAGUAGUCAGAAAAUGGCUUCAGAAUUCCUGAACUUGGACUAAUCAAUACUUGUGAAGCUCCCUUCUAACUACUGGCAAUUGAGGCCAAUUAUUUUUAAUACCAGCAAGAGCUCUUCACUGCUGAGCCAGCUCCUGUCCUAUGUUGCUUAUUUAGGAUCAACAUUUACAUUGCCAGUAUUUUCAGCUAUCUGUUUGUAUCUGUUUAAACAUUCAUUCCCUUUUAGUAAGAUCUCAUUACUGUUACAGUUAAAACUGGGACACCUCAAGAUUAUGGAAGAAGAAUACAGAAGUGCAGUGAAUGUAAUUCUUUGUAGGAACUCUAGUAAAAACCUCUGAGUCCUUUCUAUCUUUCUUGUUUGUUUGAUUGAUUUUUCAUAGGAGAGACAGGGUCUUAAUAUGUACCUCUGGCUGUCCUGGAUAGACCUCAGAUAUACCUGCCUCUGCCUCCUGAGUGCUUGAAUUAAAGACAUGAGCCUAUAUGCUCACUUGAUAUUUUUUUGCAGUUAGUAAUUGUUCAUACAAUUUCUCUGUGUGCUCAAUACUGCGCCCCCCCUCCAUUAAUUAGCAUUUCUCUUGCAAGGCUAUAUCCUACUCAAAGAGCAAAGAUAUGACAGAGGUGAACCUUAUUACUCAGUUUUCUUCUAAGAUGAUUUCGUAAUUACAUUAGAACAUCUGGGUCAAGAAAUAAGUGGGUUAAGCACAAGAAGCAUACAUUUACAGUGAUAUCGGUAUCAUGGUUACUGUUGUACAAAUGUAUGGGAUGUUUCAGGAUGCAUUGACCUAUGAUGAUGUACAUGUGAACUUCACUCGAGAAGAAUGGGCUUUGCUGGAUCCUUCACAGAAGAGUCUCUACAAAGAUGUGAUGCAGGAGACCUAUAAGAACCUCACUGCUAUAGGUUACAAUUGGGAAGACCAUACUAUUGAAGAACAUUGUCAAAGUUUCAGAAGACAUGGAAGGUAAUUUUUAUGUGCAAGUUGGUAUGAAUAUGCCUCUGAAGGCACGUUAGUAUGUCCUGGAACUUUUAAACAAACGCAACAGUGUAAAAAAAAAAGCCCUUCUUUAAGUGUAUUGAUUAUUAAAUUCUCACAAAUCCAUGUACCUCAAUGUCAGGUGUCUGACUUGUUUUUUGCAAGGCAUUCCUCUAAGAAAGAAGACAAAGACACAAUGCCUUAACAGAUCUUACCAUUUGAAUCAUAGCCACAUUACAGCUAUUCUGUAUACCUGCCAAUCUGUUUAGUCUCAUAACACACACACACACACACACACACACACACACACACACACAGAGUAGGUGAUAAUUUUAUUUUUCAAAUAGGCAAAUAUAUCAUAGUAAAGCUGAUUGCUCAUAUACUAACAUUGUUAAGUUUAAAUGAGAGGGACAGUUUAUGAGAGUCAAGAAUGUUGUUGAAGAGAAACCUUGAUUCUUAUACCAUAUGUCUAUGAUGAACAAAAAGUCAAACUGUGUGAAUGCAAUGUGGAAAUCUUUCGUUUGAUA